AUGCCACCAACUCGCGCCAAAAAAGCGUGCACGACAUGUAACCGACGCCGGAUCCGCUGCAAUGUAAUGGACCGGCAGCCAUGCGCGAACUGCGUGGCGUUGAAUACGCAAUGUGAGAUCGGGGUUUCACGACGAGGGAAAUAUCCGCGAAAUAAGAUCCGUCGAGGGACUCCACAGCAACAGCAGGGACAUGCUCAUGCACAGAUCUUGACUCCGGUUUCUGCCUCGUCUGCGUCUUUAUGGAGAACUCCAGCGUUAGAGAAUAAUGUGCAUAUUAACCAUGCUGAAAGGAUCGCCCUCAAGCCGUCACUAGCACAGACUCAGCAAACCGUCUUCCUGGGUGAGUCCAGCCCUCUUACCUGCGUCAUUGACGAAGGACGCAGUAGAUCUCCUAAAGGCUACGCAAACGAGAUGUCAAAGACAAGACUCCACUACCCAAUUCCAGAAAGACUAGACGCAAACACUACCCGCGAUGAAGCUCUUCGCGCACAUAAGAGUGCCAUGGAAGACCAGUUAACCCGCAACGGCGCCUUUGCAUUUCCGUCAAAGGACAUCCGGGAACCCCUCCUCCAGGCAUACUUUACCUGGUUCCAUCCCUGCUUCCCAAUACUCGACCGCAAAGUCAUUCACGACACAUACAAGAAUGAAACCAUAUCCCCCUUGCUCCUCCAAUCAAUGCUCUUCAUUGGUGUCAGUCUCUGUCCAGAUAUCACCUUCGCAAAAACAGGCUUUCAAACACGCUACCGCGCCAAAGUCCUGUUCCAUAGCAGGGCUAGAGCCAUAUACGACGCGGACUGGGAGUCGAAUAAGAUUACCAAGUUGCAGGCGCUGUUUCUGUUGAGCUUCUGGAGAGGUGGACCGAAUGAAGAGCGGGAUACCAGGUUUUGGUUGGAGGUCGGGAUUUGUCUUGCGCAGAAGAGGGGGAUGCAUGUUAUGUUGAAAUUGUCGUUUCAGUCGGGUAGAGAGGAGAUGCUUUGGAAGCGGAUAUGGUGGGCUUAUUAUAUACGUGACCAACAAAGCUCCGCAGCACUAGGACUACCAUCGAGAAUCCGUGAUGAAGAUUGCGACGUGGCCAUGCUCGAGCCGAAGGAUAUAAGAGAUGAGGAAAGUGUGGAUGACCAGGCUGUAUUUGGUGUACAACGUGCAGAGCAUAUUCCGUAUCCGAUUGAGAUGGCCAAGUUGGCACGGUUAUUACGCGCAAUUGUCUCGACGCAAUACGUACCCAGAGAACCAACUGUAAACGGGAUAUCUCGAGAGACACUACAUGCCCAACUCACAAAAUGGGAAUCCCACCUCCCUGCCGAGAUGAAAUUGGGAAGCCACUCAACACCAAGCGCCAUCUUCCUAACCGGACUGCUGCACAUGACAUACAAUAAUUUGUACAUCCUCCUCUACCGCCCCCUCUUCCUCCACCCCACCACCACAACCGAAACUCAAGGCGCUAUCGCCCUCGAAGCCGCAACUCGCAGCACCCGCAUAAUCGAAGAUAUGCUGUCGCACAACCUUGUCCAGCACGGCCCCAACCACCUAAUCACACAUGCCUUUUCAACACUCUGCAUCCACACGAUAAACUGCUGUCGCACAACAGGGACGACCCGUAAACUGGCAGAACACCGCGCGAGAUUGUGUCUUUUGGGACUGCAGGAGUUGCAGAAGAGUUGGGAUUUGGAAAAUUGGGUGCUGGAUUUGUUUUUCCGGUGUUUAGAUGAGAGUACCGCGCAUAGUUUGAGGAGUGUGGAUGUCGUUACCCCGGUGCCGGAGGGGAGGGGUGAGAGACGGGAUCAGGGAGUUGGGAACUUGUCGGGUGGUGCUGAGAGGAAUGAUACUACGAGUGCGAUUGCCGCGGAUAACUCACAGCCGUGGCAGGAUACGGGUCCAACGGAUCUUACGGCGCCAAAUGAUUGGUACGGACUGUUUAACUUCACGGAUGAUUAUACAGAUGUCCUGGGGACGAGCUCACAGCCGGAUUCGCUUAAUCUCCAGAGCUUGGAGUUUCUGUAUAGGUUUCUGUGA